GCGUGGUGACCGUCCCAAACAAUGCCCUCCGCUAGCAAGGACAAAAUCUUUGGCCCGUGGAACCGUAGCGAAAGUACGGGCAACUUUGUGUAUCUCUCGAACAACAAUACUGCUGAUAGCUUGGCGAAAAUGUUUUCCCGCACGGCUCCGUCGAGUCCACGAUGGACACCGUACGGUUCGCGACACAACUCACCACCGAUGCCGAGCUCACCGCUAUCUUCCUCUCCACCGUCGACAUUGCGCCGCAACUACUCGAGCACCUUCACGCUCAUACCGGAAGAUCGCGAGCUGGAAACGGUGCAACCGACACAACCUGCGACGCCCCCGACUCCGGCCACGUCGGCCGCAACCGACUCGCCGCGUGUGUCUAGUGGGCGUAUCCUGCUACGAUUGGUGCUCUGGUGGCCACUGCUACUAAUUGCCGUCGCCCAGCGUCUUCUUGGAUGUUGCAUGCAACUUGCCUGGAAACCGUUCUUGAUGGCAGCCCCAGCCUUCUGGCUGUCUGCUUGUCUAUGGAUGUUCUGGAAGUUGAUUGCACUGCCUUUGGCAGGUUUAAAAUGGGCCCUAGUCGCGCUACACACCCCGGCACAUGAACGCAACCGUCGCAAGCGCACGAUCCUCAUCAGCUGUGGCAGUACGAUACAAACUCUCCAUCUGGCCCGCAAUUUCUACAAGUCUGGAGCGCGUGUGGUUGUGUUUGAGUUCGAAGGCUUGUUUGCGCUCGCACGCUUCUCCACCGCCGUCAGCAAGUUUUACGCCAUUCAACGCCCAACGCCGGAAACGGCAGGCGAGUAUAUAGCGGCACUGUGUGAGAUUGUGGAAAAGGAACAGCCAACCCACUACAUACCGGUGUGUGCUACCAGCCCAGCACAUUAUGAUGCUCUGGCCAAACCUCACCUGGAACUGCGUGGAUGUUCCAGCUUCAUCCCAGGUGCCCAAGAAACGUCGGUUCUGGACGACAUCCUGCAGGUGAUGCGUAAGUGCCAAGCGAACGAAAUACUGCUUCCGCCGCAUCAGAUCGUAUCGUCCAAGGAGGAACUGCACCGACUGUACGAUGGUGGUUGGUUGACCGGCUUUCGGAACGUGAUGGUUGCGUCCGGUGCACUCGGGCUGCUGGAACGUAGCAAGUACGUGCUACCGGCCAAUCGGCGCGACUUGCGCCUUAACUACGAAGUGAGCGAAGCGCAGAAGUGGGUCGUCAUACGGGAUGUGAUCGGUUCGCACUACGUCACCUGUACUACGGUGAAGGAUUCGGCCGUAAUUGCGAACGUCACGUGUGCUAUUCAGGCGGACACGCGCAGCCUGGUGCCGGAAGAAAACGCAGACAUCGAUCGAUGGUUGCAGGAAUUUUUCCGCCGCAUACGGUUGCAGCGCCCCAUCAACGGUCACAUUAGCUUCCGGCUGGUAAAGUGCCAGUGCAGCGGACAGAUAUUGCCUCUUGGAAUUCGUGUUGGUGUGUCGCUGCCGUACAUCUGCUACACUGGAGUACAUUCUCGCGUACUCUGCAAACCCUGUCCACACUUUAGCCGUCAAAAUUCGGGACCACUGGUACAGGAAGGUGGACGCUAUUGGAUCCACGAGACGGUGCUGAAUGCACUGCGAAGGCCGAGUGUGGAUGCGGUGCAGCACCUGAUCGGUACCGUGAUCGAUCAACGGGAAGCACUGUUCGUCUAUUGGGAUCCGUUGCCGUACUGUGCGUACUAUCACUUCCAGCUUCCAUUCAAUUCAGUGAAACGGUUCCUGCACAAACGGCAAGCUUCCCGUACGUCUGUACCUGCGAUGGCCGCACCGGUUCAGUGA